UCCUUUCUUCAUUCCUUCACAUUUACAACUUUUUUUUCUUCAUUUGCUAUUCUCGUCUUCAGACUAUUCACCUUAUUGGCUUCUAGAAACUACCCUAUUACUCACUAUCCUAAUUAACUCCAAUUCAACAAUAAAUUUUUUUCCCAGGACAUGAGUUGGAAAGGAUUCACUAAAGCUGUCUAUAGACUGCCCCACGCGAUCUCAACAAAGACUGGCAUUCGGGAUGAGACAAAAGAUCCUGAAUUCAAUGAACUGAACAACAAGUUCACUUUAUGUGAAAAAAUUACAGAGAAAUUGCUGGCAGACAUAUGCAAGUAUCGCGACAAUGUCACUGCCUUGCUCAAUCAUCAAGCCGAGUUUGGCAUCGUCCUUGCUGAGGUAUACGACCCAUCCUUGGGGAUGCCCAGUGGAGUAGUGACGCCACGAAGAGCGCAGACAGCACCAGAGUCUAUGCAAGCUAUUGACGAUUUUCAGGCAGUCAUGAGAGAGAUGAGAGACACUAUUUUACCUGAAGUGGAUAAACUCGAGUUAUUGGUAGUUCGCCCUCUGGAAGAGAUGCAGAACAACAUGAAGCUGAUCCGCAAGACAAUUAUUAAAAGAGAGCAUAAGCUGAUUGACUAUGAUCGCUUCCGCAUCUCCCUCAAGAAGUUGCAAGAAAAGAAAGAACGGACAUUGAAUGAUGAGAAGCAUAUUUACAGGCUUGAAUCCCAACUAGAAGUUGCCACUGCAGAUUAUGAAGGCUUGAACAAUCUAUUACGCGAAGAACUGCCAGGAUUCUUUUAUUACAGAGCCCAAUUGAUCGAGCCAAUUUUCCAUGCACUCUACUAUUUGCAGACACGUAUUUACAACAUCAUGCUUGAUCGUAUCGGGCCUCUCUCUGCCAAUGGUUACUUUGAUCUCACAAUGGACAUAAAACAAGGAUACGAAGCACGGAAGCAAGAUACCCUUCCUACUGUUGAAUCAGUUGAAACUAUCACCAAGAGAUCUGUCGCUGCCACUUAUACAAGCAAAUAUGGACAACUAGCUCCCCAGAAAAGCCCCAUUAGUCCCGUUCAACACACUUAUGGAUCUCCAACUUCUAUGUCUCCAGUAUCAGCUCCCAAGCCUUGGCAAAGGAGCCCGACUUCUGUAGGCACAAAGCCAUGGCAAGCGACAAGCGACAUUUCUCGAUCACGAGAAGACGCGUCACCGCCACCCCCAGCUUAUAAUACAAUCCAGAAUGAUGGUGUUGCUCAUAAUGGUGCGCAGCCUGCUGGCUCAGGCGCCAGUCCUUAUUCACGAUCUAUGACGCCUCGGAACGCCAACAUUUAUUCGGCACCUUCAGCAGCAGCAGCAGCAUCACCGUCGCCGUAUGCAACUAAUGGAAUAGAUUAUUUACGAGCGCAAGCUGUCAAAAAGGGCCCGCCUCCCCCACCUAUGCCCAAGAAACUCCAUGAACCUGGUCCCAAGAUGGUGGUGGCGUUGUAUGACUAUGAUGCACAGCAGCCAGGCGAUUUAAGUUUCCGAAAAGAUGAUCGGAUCGAGUUGGUAGAGCGAACAGCCAGUUCUAAUGACUGGUGGACUGGCAAGUUGAAUGGUCAACAAGGCUUGUUCCCAGGUAACUAUGUCCAGGAAAUUUGACAUUAAUAAAAUUUUUUUGUGAACGUGGUACGAUCUGACUGGCAGGGAGGAGAAAUAACAUGUCAGAG